AUGCCAACAGCCAUGAGUGGUCCAGAUCUUGUCAACGGCCGGAGGUUGAUUCGUCUUGAGAAAUUACCUGGGGAGAUCCAAUUGCAGAUCAUGAUACACCUUGAUUACUUCAGCUUGUACCAACUUACCCAAGCUUAUGAAGUUUUUCAUCGCCUGACUUUUGGCAACGAAUUUGAGAACGACAGCCAGUGGAGGACGAUUCGGUAUGUGCUUGAUACUCUAGUAAACCCCGACGGCCAUGUCUUGCCUCAUCCAAUGGAUAUUGAUGCGGAUGGAAUACAUUAUACGGCCAAUACUAAGACCGGAGACCUGCCACGUAACGUCGAGCUGAAGGAUGAUCCGAAACGAGGGUUUGGUCCUUCUAGAAGCUCAACGCUUGAUAAGCAACAAAAUACCCCCACACACUUGUGCGCCGGGGCCGGGUGGGCAUGCGGGUUGAGCCAGCCUGUGCAUACCAUGUACUAUGUAGCAUGGCAAAAUGUCCGCGGCGGAGAUUAUGGUGUACAUGAAAAUCGGCGAGGUUUCGAUCGCGGUCGUCCUCUUGUCCUCCGAAUUAACAUUGCGCAGGAUCAUGAUACAGACAACGUAUGA